GUGGCGGCGGUGGUGAUGGUGGUGAUGAGGCCGAAGAGCGGCGGUGAGGAAGAGGAAGAGCGAGCGCGUCGCUAAGACCCAGAGGGCUCUGCGGGCAGCGGGGCGGGCAGAUCGCAGGCAGCAGCGGCUCCAUCACCAGCCACAGAGAAAGGGGAAGAGGAGGAGGAGAAGGGAGGAAGGAAGAAGAAGAACCAGUGGUGGAGGACAGGGGCCCCCUUGGGAUGGAUAUGGCCUGACCGAGCGCCCCCCCUCCCCCCCGCAGCCCCUCCGCGGGCCGGUGUGGGUGUACCGCCGCUUGGGCCUGCCCUCCCCCACCCCCCUUUAUCGGGGCUGGCAUCCCCCUCCCCAAUGUCGCUGUAGCCGGCGAGUGGCCGCGGCGCUGGUGGCGGCGGCGGUGCCGGUGGCGGCGGCGGGCGAUGCGGCGUGGCCAGCCGGCGGCGGCAUGCUGAGGACAGAGGCAGGCGGCGGGGCGGCCGCCGGCGGGGGGUCCCCCUCCUCCGGUGGGGCGACGGGCAGCGGCGGCGGCGGGGGCCUGAGGAGCGCAUCCCCGCACCGGAACGCCUACGAGGCUACCAUCCAGGCUCUGGCGCCCACAAAGGAGGCUGAGGCUGAAGACGGCAAGAAGAGCCGAGGUAAGAAGUAUGGCUCCAACGUUCACCGUAUCAAGAACAUGUUCCUGCAGAUGGGGACGGCUCCCGGCCCCGAGGCUGCCUGCGACCUGGCCAAGGCCAAGGAGAAGCCGGUCCGCCUCUCCUUGCCCCGGGCUGGCAGCCUCAACGAGAGCAUGGAGCAGGGCAACCUCCUCAAGCUGGGCACCAGCGUCUCCGAGAGGGUCAGCCGCUUCGAUUCCAAACCCGACAAACCCUUCUCCAAGCUGCAGGAGACCCGCAAGAUCUUCGAGAGGAGCCCGCAGGAGAAGGCCACCAACACCAAGCUGCUGCUGCGGAAGGAGCGAGCUGGCUUCCAGGACCGCAAGCUGGACGUGGUGGUGAGGUUCAACGGCAGCACCGAGUCCCUGGACAAGCUGGACGCCGAGGCCGUCUCGCCCACCGUCAGCCAGCUCAGCGCCGUCUUCGAGAAGGCAGACCUCCGCAACAACCUGCACAAGGCACCGGCCCGGGCGGCGGUGGGCAAGCGGCCCCGGGUCUUCGUGCCGAGCGGCGAGGCUGGGCGGCAGAGCGACGGGCACCCCGCACCGGCACGGGCCAGGCCGCCGGAGGAGGAGAAGGCAGCGGCGAAGAGCUGCCGGCAGGCCGAGAAGGAGGCGACCGCCCCGCGGCUGCAGGAGGUCUGCAAGAUCAAGCCGGUGGAGGUGGAGGAGAGCGGCGAGGCCGAGGAGGAGGAGGAGGAUGAAGCGACGGCGGCCAGCGAACCUGCGCCCGUGCCCCAGCCGGCCAAGGAGGCCGAGGGACCCUCCCCUGCCACCGCGCCCCGGCUGGAAGGGGGCUCGGGGGUGGGCACGGGUGAUGAGGGCGCCAAGGGUGAGAGGGUGGAGGAGAACGAUGCCUACGAGGAGGCCAAGAAGGAGGACUUCUCCGAGGCGGACCUGGUGGACAUAAGUGCCUACAGCGGGCUCGGGGAGGACUCGGGGGGCAGUGGGCUGGAGGAGGAGGAUGAGGCCGAAGGGCUGUACGAGCCCGAGUCGGGUUGUGUGGAGAUCCCUGGGCUGUCCGAGGAAGAGGAGCCUGUCCCCAACCGCAAGAUCCAGUUCAGCACCGCCCCCAUUCAGGUCUUCAGCACUUACUCCAACGAGGACUACGAUCGCCGCAACGAGGACGUGGACCCCAUGGCAGCCUCGGCCGAGUACGAGCUGGAGAAGAGGGUGGAGAGGCUCGACCUGUUCCCGGUGGAGCUGGAGAAAGACUCGGAAGGGCUGGGCAUCAGCAUCAUUGGCAUGGGGGCAGGGGCUGACAUGGGCCUGGAGAAGUUGGGCAUCUUCGUCAAGACGGUGACAGAGGGUGGGGCAGCCCACCGGGACGGCAGGAUCCAGGUGAACGAUCUGAUCGUGGAGGUGGAUGGCACCAGCCUGGUGGGGGUGACGCAGAGCUUCGCUGCCUCCGUGCUCAGGAACACCAAGGGCCGCGUCCGGUUCCUGAUCGGGCGGGAGAAGCCCGGGGAGCAGAGCGAGGUGGCACAGCUGAUCCAGCAGACGCUGGAGCAGGAGCGCUGGCAGCGGGAGAUGAUCGAGCAGCGCUACGCGCAGUACACCGAGGACGAUGAGGAGGUGAGGGCGCAGAGGCGGUGGUGCCACUGCCCCAGCCGGGGUUGGCGGCUCCGUUUGCCCGGGUGGGGGCCGCCCCGUGCCAACGCUGGUCUGUGCCCCGGGCAGACGGGCGAGUACGCCACGGACGAGGAGGAGGAGAUGAGCCCCAUGUUCCCCGGGGGCGAGAUGGCCAUCGAGGUGUUCGAGCUGGCCGAGAACGAGGACGCUCUGUCCCCCGUGGAGAUGGACCCCGAGAAGCUGGUGCACAAGUUCAAGGAGCUCCAGAUCAAACACGCAGUCACCGAGGCCGAGAUCCAGCAGCUGAAGAGGAAGCUGCAGUGCCUGGAGCAGGAGAAGUCUCGCUGGAGGGCCGAGAAGGCUCAGCUGGAGCAGAGCGUGGAGGAGAACAAGGAGAGGAUGGAGAAGCUGGAGGGGUACUGGAUGGAGGCCCAGAACCUGUGCCAGGCUGUGGACGAGCACCUCAAGGAGACCCAGGCCCAGUACCAGACCCUGGAGCGCAAAUACAGCAAGGCCAAGAGGCUCAUCAAGGAGUACCAGCAGAAGGAGAUCGAGUUCCUGAAGAAGGAGACGGCGCAGAGGAGGGUGCUGGAGGAGUCAGAGCUGGCACACAAGGAGGAGAUGGAGAAGCUGCAGGAGAAGAUCUCCGAGCUGGAGGCCAAGCUGCAGACACUGAAAAAUUCCAACCCGACUUAAA